GACUAGGGACUUUGCAUCGCCAGGGUUAUUGGGUUACGUCAGGCAAGCUCUCAUCGUCUUCCUCAAGGUUUUCCCAUGUACGUUAACUUGGGCCCCAGGUUUUGCGCCGGCUGGGCUGAGAUGACAUCGGUGAUCAAAAUAGAGCAUCAUUGCACCGCUUUUUCAAGGACGAUUUCGCCUCUUCACAGUUUCGGGGAAGACGAUGACGGUAGUCUGUUGACGUAACCCAAGCCCUCCUGUACAUAGUGGCGCUGGCUUGUUGUGCUGCUCCCUCCUUCGCUGUUGAGACGUAUUUUUCAGCCUGAUUUAUUCACUCGAGAACCUUCUUACACUUUUCAGGGACCAAAGGCUAAUCAUGGUUUACGUAGACGACGAUUUCCCGUUGCUUGAUGAGGUCAGAUCGAGCAUAGAUGCUCUUGUCGCCGACGAGCCUUUUGACGCCACCGUUCGGCAGCCUCCCGGCGCGUUCGAGUCCUUUGGACGCUCAGGAACCCCGUCGGUGCCGCCCGGAUUUUCUUUCCCAAGCUCGCAUCCAUCUCCGGCCAUUUCGCACUCGUCUCUGCCCACCGCGAGUCUAGGACGUCAGACUCCGCCUGUUGCGCUGCCCAAGGUUCCUGUAAAGCCUGCAGUCAGCGCUUCCAGCCCGCUCAUUAAAAAAGCCAUCACGCCGUCGGUGCUGGAGGCAAAGAAAGCUGUCAAAUCCCUUGCCGCGGAAAGCGGCCUGUCGAAGGAUAUUGCAAAGGUCAAAGCAAAGGUCUUGCAGGAUGAGGACUUCCCAGCCCUCAGCUCGCCCAAACCUCAGUCAGCAACACUGGUUACGCAGACGAAGGCAGCGCCAAUCAAAUCAAGCAGCAAAAAAGCGCAAGAGAAGCCCGUCGAGAAGGCGAAAGAGAAGUUGAAAGAGAAAGGGAAGGAAAGAGAGCAGGAGAAGCCGGCGGCCACACCUGCGCCUACCCCCGCUGCCGAGAAGACCGAGGCCUCUACGCCGGAGCCAAAGGCUUCUGAAAAGGUCCCAGAGAAGGUUGCCGGAAAGCCCGCUGAGAAGAAGGCAGAGAAGCGUCCAGUCCCUGGCAUUCUCAACAUCGCGGCGGCGACCAAGGCGGCUCAAAUCAAGGACGUGGAGGCGCAGUCGGCGACAGACAAAGCGACUGCGGAGAGGGACUCGGCAUUCCCAGCGCUUCCGGCGCCGACGUCGGUUUCAACGUCGUCUCCCCUUGCUAGGGCUGCUCCCAAGACCCUUCGAGUCGUCUCGACGCCCAAGACGGAGUCGCCGCCGACUCCGGUGCUGACCACUCCCGCUGUACGGUCUGUGGCUGCGGCUGCCAUUCGCCCCGAGACACCCGUCAGCGAGUUGAUUUCGGACAGCGCGUCCAUCAUAUCGGCGUCCAUUUCUGCUUCUCGCACGAAUUCUCCUCCCCCGUCAAGGAUUGGCUCGGCGCCUGUGCGAACGACGACCAAGAGCCAGCAGCGCAAACAGCGCAAGGAGGCAUUGAAGAAAGAGUCAGCGACAAUCGCAGCGCAGCCUGUAAAGGUAGAAGCGGCCGUCGAGAUUGGGCCUAUCAUUGGCCGCAAGAAGAAGCAAAAGAAGGAGAAGGAGAAGCCGAGCAGCAACGCUGCGACACCUACGGUGAGCCGCCCUGAGACGCCGCUCGCGACUUACGCGAAUCCGGUCAAGGAGACCAAGGAAGCUGCCGAGGUCAAAGAGGUCAAGGAAGAGUCGUCGGCUUACCGGUCCACGGCUAACGAGACCACCACCCUGACCGAUGAACCGCUGCACAAGAGUAGGUAUGGCGACGUAAAGAGCAAGGCAGGCGAAAUGCAGGACAGGGACGCUGAUGCGUCGACUCCUCGGACCCUGCCAACACCUGCCUCGGUGCUGCACGACCUCCAAGCGGCUGGACUGGUGCCUGACAAUCUGGAGAGCCUACCUUUCUUCAAGCCAUUCAAUGUCCAGCUGGACAAGUCGCGGAAUGAUGCCAAUAACGCAGUUGCUCGGGACCAGGCGAAGAACUCGGUGGCCCCGACCAAAUCAAUUGUCACUGAGGACGAUCAGGCGGCGCUCCUCGCGGGCAAACCAGUGCGGAAAAUCAUGGACGGCACGCGCAUCCUGUUGACGCCCAACGGCGACUGCAUUCGGAACCUCAGCCCCGAAGAAGAAGACCGUUUCCUUGAGCUUCAACAACUCGUCGCCGAAGCGACUGCAAACCCCGCAGCUUUCGUCUCCUCCCGCCACGACGCUGGUAGUGGUUUUAGCCUCAUCAAGGGCCGCGCGGUACCCAACGGACCGCCGAGCUACUUUCCCCCGGCACCGGGCGCCUACCCAUCGGACCCUGUCAACAAGAUCCAACGGGAGGAGGCCAUCUACUACAUCAACCAGUACGUGCUGCCGCGACUCAAACUCAAUUCCAGGGACAUGAGCCUGCCAAAGGCAAUGUCCACCUGGACCACCGACCCCCGCGCCUCAGCUGCCCAGGCCGCCGCCGCGAACUUGAGCUCGGUUGCGCCGUGGCUGUACGGCGGCCUCGGCAGCCCCUCGGGUUCAUCUUCAUCCCACCUGCCUCCCGUAUCCCACGACGAUGUGCUUGAUGCAGGCGCCGCGCCGCCCGAGCUGAGCUACCCGGGGCCCGUGGGCGCCUUCGCCGAUGACCUUCACCAUGCCGGUCCGCAUGGCGUGUAUGACGUCGAGCAUCUCAAUUCCCAACUUCCCACCGUCGAAGAUGUCUUUGGUGAUGCCGCUGCCGGGUCGGCAACAAGGCAACAAUCGCAUCAUCACCAUCAUCACCACCACCACCAUCAUCAUCAUCACCAUCACCACCAGCAACAACAGCAGCAGCAACAUCAACAGGAUCAUACUCCGCAGCCCUCGUCGGCAGCCAUCGCCGCCGCCGCAGGCGGCAUCAACUUCACGUCGCCGGGCCCCUUCGGCAACGUCCCGCUCCUGUCGCUUGAGGACGCAGAGCAGGCGCUGUCGGCGGCGCGCAAGGAGACGGAGAAGCUCGAGAAGAGCCUCAACCAACUUAUGCGCAAGAAUCGGCGCUUGCUUGUCUCCUCCCAAUCUGCGGCUGCGUCUAACGUACUACCCCCGAUUGCUGCCGCUGGUAGUGGUGACGCUGUUGGAGCGGUGGGGGGGCAUUGACUAGCUUGGCGCCGCCGUCGAUUCCGUUUCUUUACUGCUACUGGUCUGGUUGCUGUUUGGCCUGGUGGUGAUUCUGACUCGGGCGAUUCCGAUGCGAC